AUGGACCAGCUAGAGAGCAUCCUGAGCGGGCUGGCGCCGGGGCACAUAGAGCAGGCGGUGCGGCUGCUGCAGCGGUACACGGCGGCGGCGGGCGCGAAGGGAGAGGCGGAGCCGCCGUCGGCAGACCAGCGCGGCGGCGAUGACGCCCCCGCCGAGGCGGUGAGCUCCGUCGUUGCCCUCGCGCUGCAGCAGGCGAUCCGCGGCGCCCCCGCAGCCACUGCGGCCAACGCCGUGGGCACCGACGCCGACGCCGACGACGAAGACAUUCCCCUCGCCGCGCUGGCGGCGAAGCGGCGGCGGCAGCAGGGGGCGGAGAGCCCGGCGGCGGCGGGGGAGCUCGAGGGCCAACAUCCCACAAACGGCGGCGGCCGCACCCCCGCGCGGAGGGCCCAACCGUCGGCGAAGGCGGCGGGCUCGCCGGCGUCGCAGCAGAAGCAGCACCAGCCUGUGCCCGUCGUCGCCGCGCGCGGCCUCGCCAGCUUUGGCUUUGUCACCGCCGCCAAGAAACCGGCGCCGGCGGCCGACGGCACGAGGAAGCUGUUUACGCCCUUUUUGCAGGACAGACGCAUAGUGCCCGCGGCGUUGCGGUUCUGGUGCCGCGACAAGGCCGCCCCCGCCCCGCGGGAGGCGACAGUGGCGCCCCCGCUUCAGCCGCACGCGGCGGCUGUGGCGGAGGAGCCGCGGAGCAUCGCCGUGGACGAAAACUCCUCAUCGCUGCUCCACUCGCCCGUGAUGUUCUGUGGCGAAAAGGAGGAGUCACGGAGUGCUGGGCAGCAAGAGCAACAAAAAAACCGCGAUGGAUCGGCACGGCGCUAUGCCUCCUUCACGGCAAUGAUAGAUGCCGCCACCACGGCUGCCAGCAAAGGAGGCGACCAAGGGCACCGCCUGCAGUGUCCUUGUGCGUUCCACGUGAGGCUCGCCGCCCCCCGCGUCGGCUUCAGGAAUGAGGUGGUCUUCUGUGGUUUUUAUGCGAUUGGCUACGACCCGUGCCAGUCCCGUCCCCCGUACUUUGGGACGUACAACAGCCAGGAUGCGCUGAACGCGGAGGAGCUGCUGCAGCUGGCCCGCUUUGACACCGGGCGGGAUAUGCCGCAGAUGUCAAAUCUCGACUACGAGUACGACUCCGGCGACGACUGGGACGUGGUGGAGGGCGACGAGGACCUCGGGGCCUCCAGCGAGGACAGCGACGAUGAGGAGGACGACGAGGAGACGUCCGACAACGACAGCGGGGGAGACUUCAUCAACGACAACAACGACGAGGACGACGACUCGGACGCGGAGCUGCAGCGGAAGAUGGUGGAGGAGCGUCAGCGGCGGCUCAAUCGGCUGCGGCACAAGGACAAGCUGGUCCCGGCCUUCAGCGGCCCCUUCGCCGGCGUCCCCUGGCUCGAGCACCCGCUCCGUGAGUACGACAGGCUGGAGCGGCUGGGCUCCGCGCUCGACGGCGCCGCCUUCACGGCGCUGAUGGAGCGGGAGAUGCGCGGGUUGGGCUCCGCCGCAGCGCCGAGCCCCGCAUACGCCGCCGAAGGGGGAGGGAGCGGCGCCGAGGCGGCGGAGGCGGGGGCGGGUCGCCCGGUGGAGGAGCUGGAUGAGAGGAUGCUGCAGCAGCGGCUGGUCGCGGCGGCGCUGCGCAACCGGCGGGAGAUGCUGCCGGAGGAGCUGGACGCCGUGCACGCCAUCGUGGCGGUGAACGGGAAGGUGUCGCCCAAGGCAAUCGUGGAGGCGCUGCAAGGGCAGCAGCUGUGCGUGGGCGUCGCGCGGGCGGAGAUUAUUCGCACCAUUCGACGCUACUACGAACGCAAGCACAACACGAUGGUUCGCCGUGCCGAGCCGUGGUCGCCAACGGACGAGCGGCUCUUUGCGACGCAGCGAGGCGGCGGCGGCAAGGUGGGAGGCAACGGCAGUAAUAUCCCCGCCAACAACGAGAGUAACAGCAAUAAUAAUAACGGCGAGCCGCAAGGCGGCUGCGAGGAGGAGGAGGACUACGAGGGCGAUGAGGACGUGCCGCUGGUGGAACUCGCACGCAAGCGGCCACGUGCGGAGGAGGAGACGAUUGAGGCGGAAGCUGAAUGA